AUGAGUGGCUUUAGGGGCGUAAUGAAGGAUGGAUGGCAUCCCAAGGGCCGGGAUGGAGGGAAGGAAUCAUGGCGGGGCGACUUCAAAGGCAUAGAUCAAGUGGCUGGAUGGAUGGGAAAAAAGAGAGAUCCAAACAAGAAAGACGCCGAGGACCAUGUAUCGCGCCCUCUUUCCACCCUCAAAGAUCCGGCCUCGUUUGGCCCGCCGCCCAAAAACGUCAACUAUCACGGCGGUGCUGCCUUGCCCAACGAGAUAACGCCGCAGAGGGGAGGAUGGGGUGCUCCCUUGACCCAAGAGCAGAUCUCUAGCGCCAGUCAAACUGCACAGACUCCCGAGCAAGAGGCUGAAGAGGAGAAGAAGCGUGCCGGUCCUCCUUUACCAUACCGUGCGGAUAGAACGGGGCUCAAGACAGACCACCUUCCGCCUCCUCCUAUUCAUCGUGAUUUGACUCGGUCACCCGACGUUGCGGAAACGGCGCCGGUGAAACCAAAGCCAGGUCUGCCUCCGAGACUGCCUUCCAGACAGAACACGGGGAAUACACCUCCUCCGGCGCCUGUCGCACAUUCUUCUCUCCACACUACUGCUCCGCCGGCCUACGAGGCCAUCCCCGCCGCCGCCCCCAGCGUACAACCGAGCACGAAUUACGGAAUCAAUCAAGCUGCCGUCAGCAGGUUGGGGAAUGCAGGCGUUUCAGUCCCAGCUCUAGGUAUCGGAUCUGAUCAAAAUUCAAAUCCCUGGCAUAACGAACAAAGCCAAGCAAGCGUGCCAAAGAGCCCACCCGUAACCUCUCCACCACCAGUAAACCAGCUAUCAGAACUUCAAGCCCGCUUCGCCCGCAUGAAUUCGAACUCCAGCGCCGGACAACAAUCCAACACUACUCCUCCAUUUGUUACGCCCGCACAGUCUCCACCUGUCACCGUAAAUACACCACCUCUCCAACAAUCGUACGCGACACAGGCGCAACCGCAGAGUCAGGCGCAGGGGACGACUUGGGCCGAGAAGCAAGCCGCAAUGCGCACGGCCCAAAAUGCGUACAAGGAUCCUGCAUCCGUUUCUGCCGCGGACGCCGGAUCCGCUGUCCGCACGGCCAACUCGUUCCGAGAACGACACCAAGACAGCAUCAAUGCUGCCGGCGUCAAAGCGAACCAGUGGAACAAAAAAUACAACGUUACGGGCCGCCUCAACUCAUUCCUCGAGAAGCACAGCUCUCCUUCCCCGACCCCCGGGGAGGAUGCCCAACAAAUGCCGCCUGCUAAUGGCAUCAAUAAUGUUGGCGGAAAUGCUGCUCCAAUGCAAGCGUCUCCCGAGAUGACGGCCUCGAUAUCGCGCAAGCCCCCGCCACCGCCGCCGCCGAAGAAACCGGCAAAUAUGCAUGGGAGUGUUGGCUCAAUGGGAGUUGCCCCACCACCUGUGCCGCUGGGGACGAAGCCGAGUUAUGCAUGA